CGUGAAUCCUGCGGUAGAUUUUUUUUGAAUUUUUUCUGUUUUCACUUUUAGUCGUUACUCGUAUUUGAUUUUCCUAAACAUCCAAACUUAUUUAGGUCUGGAACAUAUUUGUAUUGACUUCAAAUGGCUCGGAAGCGAAAGGGACGUGCGGCUAAGAACGCCAAAGCCAAAGCAGCCCAGGAACCCGACGAGCUGAGCAGAGCACCGCAUACUUUCGUUAUCAAACGCGGCGUAGUAGGGAGGAGUGUUAAUCAUCUCAUGCUGGAUACGAGGAAAGUGAUGGAGCCGUUCACCGCCUCAGAUUUGAAGAUUGGUAAAAACAAUGUCCUGAAGGAUUUUGUCUCGGUUGCGGGCCCGUUGCACGUGUCGCAUAUGAUUUCGUUCAGUCGUUCCGAAGCAUCACCAAAUCUGCGAAUUAUGCGUCUUCCGCGCGGACCUACCCUCACGUUUCGCAUUGAGAAUUUCAGCCUUAUGCGCGAUGUGGUGUCAAGUUUGAAAAAGGCUCAGAAUCAUCCCAAGCAGUAUGAUCAUCCUCCGCUGUUGGUGUUAAACAAUUUCACCACCGAGCAAAUGCAGGAUCGUCUGACCACGACCAUGCUCCAGAGCAUGUUUCCCAGCAUAAACGUCACUAAGGUAAAGUUGAAUCAAGUCAGAAGAUGUGUGUUGUUCAACCAAGAUCCAGAAUCGGGAAAAAUUCAGUUUCGCCAUUAUAAUGUGAAAGCGGUGCCGCAUGGAAUAUCGAAAGUGAUUAAAAAAAUCAUUCGUGGACGCAUACCGGACAUGAGCCGACAUCAAGAUAUCUCUGACUUCAUGGAACAAGGAGAUAACAUGUCCGAAAGCGAAGCUGAAGACAAUGAUCCCGAAAACAAAAUUGCUCUGCCACAAGCCAUCAGUUCUCGCGGCAAUGCGCCAAAUCAGACCAGUGCCAUUCGGUUGACCGAACUAGGUCCGAGAAUGAGCCUGGAUUUGAUCAAAAUUGAAGAUGGCAUCUGCGACGGAGAAAUCCUAUACCAUAAGUACAUUCAGAAAUCGGAGGAUGAAGUCAAGGAUCAACGAAGAGAUCGGAUUCUUCGACAAACUAAAAAAAGAGACGCUCGUAUGGAGCAAGAAAAAAAUGUAGAACGGAAGAGGCAGGAAAAAGAGGAACACAAGGAGGAAUGCCGUCGUGGAAUUAAAAGAAAAUUCCAAGACACUCCUCGAGAAGAUUAUGACGCUGAUGGUUAUAGAGACGAAGAAAUGCCUUCGGAUGAUGAUGACGAAGCGUGGUAUGAAGAAGAGGUGGGCGAGAAACCGGAAGCCGGCACUCUUGGACGGCGAAAUAUCCGACCGAGAGGUGGUUUCGGCGUCCGCGGGGGACGUGGUGGUAGAGGUGGCUUUCGAAAUCAGGGAGACCGCAGAGAGAAUACUGGACGGGGAUAUCCUGGUGCAAGGGGCAGAGGAUUCCACGGAGCACCAAGAGGAGGCAGUCGAGGAAGAGGUGGAAGGGGACGUCCACCGGGAGAUCGGCCACCCAUGGAUGAAGGACGGAAACCGUCAUACAAAGCAGUUGCUUUCCGAAAGAAAUCUUCUUUCAGGAGAUGAUAUGUUCGAUUUUUGCGUUUGCUUUAUGGUGAACCAGGGAAAUAAUGUUGCGCUUCCGGUUCAAGUAGUAAUCGGCUUUAUUGCACUUCAUAAACGAUUUGCGAAAAUGCGAAGAUAAGAGAUACGAUACUUAAAUGAUGUAAACAACCAAAUCGAUAAGUUUGGUAGUCUAGACACGUGUGCAGUAGUAACGCCUUUAGCCUUCUAACAUUUUCCAACGAACCCUCUUGCAAAUACAGUGGCUCGGACAAAUUUCCA